GCCAGGGCAAUGGGUGCCCAGCAGGUGAAGGAACGUCCGGCCGGAACUACCUCCACGCUAGGGGCCGGCAGCUCGAUCCGGUCCAGCCGGAGCAAACCCCGCUCGUCGAAGGAUGCACGGACGCUGGGUUCAAACAUCUUCACCGAGCAUAACGAGGCACUUCUACAAUCGCGCCCGUUACCACACGUACCAGCAGCGGGUAGUUUGCUGCCGACGGAUCUGCUCGGUCAGAAUCAGGAUGGAUUGGAAAAUCACACCGGCACCAUGCACUCUCAGGGCAGUUCGAACGCUGCACAGUCAAGCUUCGAAACGGCGCACCGAUGGACGUCUAAGGAGAACCUGUUGGCACCCGGACCUGAAGAAGACGAUCCCCAGUUGUUUGUCGCGCUGUACGACUUCAAGGCCGGCGGUGAAAAUCAACUGAGCCUGCGAAAGGGUGAACAGGUGCGCAUACUGUCCUACAACAAGUCGGGCGAAUGGUGCGAGGCACACUCCGAUUCCAUACAGGUCGGCUGGGUGCCGUCGAAUUACGUGACACCAUUAAACUCGCUGGAAAAGCACUCCUGGUACCAUGGGCCGAUUUCGCGCAACGCGGCAGAGUAUUUACUUAGCUCCGGCAUCAACGGUAGCUUUCUGGUGCGGGAAAGCGAAAGUUCACCCGGGCAGCGUAGUAUAAGCUUACGGUACGAUGGGCGCGUCUAUCACUACAGAAUAUCGGAGGACUCCGAUGGCAAGGUGUACGUUACGGCCGACGCCAAGUUUAACACGCUCGCCGAACUGGUGCACCAUCACAGUGCGCUGCACGAGGGGCAUGGCCUGAUCACGCCCCUGCUCUACCCGGCACCGAAGCAAAACAAGCCGACCGUGUUCCCGCUCAGUCCCGAACCGGAUGAGUGGGAGAUUUGCCGGACGGAUAUCGUGAUGAAGCAAAAGCUGGGCGGUGGACAGUACGGCGAGGUGUAUGAGGCUGUGUGGAAGCGGUACGGCAAUACGGUGGCCGUUAAAACGCUGAAGGAAGAUACGAUGGCGUUAAAAGAUUUCCUGGAAGAGGCAGCCAUCAUGAAGGAAAUGAAACACUCAAAUUUGGUGCAACUGAUAGGUGUCUGCACGCGCGAACCACCAUUCUACAUCAUCACCGAAUUCAUGAGCCACGGAAAUUUGCUCGAUUUUCUACGCACCGCCGGUCGGGAAACGUUAGAUGCCGUGGCGUUGCUGUACAUGGCCACACAAAUCGCAUCUGGCAUGAGCUAUCUCGAAAGCCGAAACUUUAUCCAUCGAGAUUUGGCCGCACGCAAUUGCCUUGUUGGCGAUAAUAAUCUAGUAAAGGUGGCAGAUUUUGGGCUCGCCCGACUGAUGCGUGACGAUACGUAUACGGCACACGCUGGGGCCAAAUUUCCCAUCAAGUGGACCGCGCCAGAGGGCUUGGCUUACAAUAAGUUCAGCACCAAAUCGGACGUAUGGGCGUUUGGCGUGUUGCUGUGGGAAAUUGCAACCUACGGGAUGUCACCGUACCCGGGCAUCGACUUAACGGACGUGUUCCACAAGCUCGAAUCAGGCUAUCGGAUGGAACGGCCGCCAGGAUGUCCACCGGAGGUGUACGACUUGAUGCGGAAGUGCUGGCAGUGGAAUGCUCAAGAUCGUCCAACGUUCAAAAGCAUCCAUCACGAUCUGGAGCACAUGUUUCAGGAAUCCUCCAUUACCGAAGCGGUCGAGAAGCAGCUGCAAGGAGUCGGCGUGAUACCGAUGCAGCUAACACCGCAGAUGAGCAAGAAGCCGCAUAUGGGUAUGCAGCAGCAGCAACAGCAGCAGCAGCAGCAGCAGCAACAGCAGCAUCAACAGCUACAGCAGCAGCAAUUGCUACCUCCUCCGCCGCAGCCAUCAUCACAGCAACAGCAGCCGGCACAGCAUGAACCUGCUAUAACACCCAUUUCCGAUUCGGGAUCUGGUUCAAAGUUCAGCACAUUUGGAAACAAGCAACCUGCUACUACCGCUGGUGUUCAAAUGCGGCGGACCACAAACAAGCGUGGCAAAACGGCACCCGCGCCACCAAAGAGAACAAGUUUGCUAUCAUCUAGCCGUGACUCUACGUACCGUGAUGAUGACAACUGCAAGCUCGGCGAAGGCGAGCAAAACGCUAACGGUAGUGCUAUUCCCAUCACAAAAUCGUCUUCUUGCAGUAGUUUCCUUAUCGAUAAGCUGUUUCGAGGUUUUACACGUGACAUGGCAAACCUAAUGAAUCGGGCCACAGAUUCUGAAAAUGAGCAAACCGAAGUCACGCCCGAUACGGAUACAGACAAUCCGGAGCCAAUAGGGUUUCAGAAAACUCCUCAGCAAAGUUCAUUUAAGCGCGCUCCGAUCAUGGGCAACCGUGGACUUGAAACGCGUGGUAGCAAACGAUUGCCUGGCCAAACACGCCGCGAUCAACUUCCGCCUGGUUCGGGUGGUCAACCGUGUAUGCCAGCGCUAGGACCGGGCCAGUCACCCAUAGUAGGUGCUCUUGAGGUUCAAAACGUGAAGAAAGCCAUCAACAGAUACGGUACACUGCCGAAAGAUGCUCGAAUAGGAGCGUACCUUGAAUCGUUACGCCAAAGUGAUGGAACGGUCAUUCAGCAAACUCAAUCACCAGUGCAGCAUCCUAUACCGCAGCAUCAGCAACAUGUGGCAGGGUCGCUACCUCCGAGUACGGCUCAACUGCAAAUGGGUUUGAAUUCGAACAUGGCAUUGGUUUCCGAACCACCACCACCUCCAAUGGCUGCAGCAAAUGCGAUAUCGAACAGUAUACUAGCGCAACGAAAUGCGGCAGCAAUAAAGGCACAACCACAGAUGAUACGAAGCAACUCCUCAAGCGGGGUUACGAUGUCAAACUCUGCCACAGCUAGUCUUUCAAAACUGCAACGCCAUCGUACGACAACCGACGGUUCGAUGAUGACGUUUUCUUCCUUCCGCGGGUCGGUUGGAAACAACAGUCCAAAACGAGCCGUUCAACCAACGCUAGCCGAUCUCGAGUUUCCUCCUCCUCCGGUAGAUCUUCCGCCACCGCCAGAAGAGUUUGAUGUUCCGCUCGAACAGCGAGGAGGAAGUAGUGGUAUGCUCGAAAAACCGAUUGCCCCUUCAAACGAUGUACGCAAUACGGAACCGAGUGUCGAGGAAGCUAGUUCACGAUUUGGUGUAAGUUUACGCAAACGAGAGCCAUCGACGGAUUCGUGUAGCUCGCUCGGUAGUCCAGCGGAUGCCAUGAUUAAUCCUGUCGGGGAUGCUGGUUCCCUUUCGAUUCCACCGCCACCACCACCCGUUGGUUUGAAGGAUUUGAAAGCGGAUACGAAGCGUGCAACAAAUGUGCCAAAGUGUUUACAGAGCGAAAAUGCUGGAGGUAAAAAAUCCAGUGGAGCACCCCAGAAUGCCCAAAUUUCCGAUCCAGCUUCACAAUUAGUCAGUGAACUGGCGGAAUCGAUGCAUUUACCAAAAGCACCUUCACCGCUAACUACCACCAUACAGGAACCGCCACAACCAAUAUCUCAUUACAAGUCCUCGGAUGUAAGCUCGCUUCGUAAGCCCGUUGCUAUGUCAAAAUCUACUAUCCUACCAUCUACUACCAAUCAAAUGACAAGUGACAGUUAUAACGUUACUGCAGCAUCCGGUAUCCCGCAGCCACCGUUCAAGACCCAGUUAAAGAAGGUAGAUGCUGCAAAGCGGACGCCGGUCCAGCCUGCCAAGAAGGAAGAGAAUGCGGGUGGCAUUAUUGAUUUCAAAUCACGGUUACGUAAAGUGGAUCAAAAUAAUGUCGAAGUAUCGAGCAAUGGAGGGAGCGGUGGUGACGGUGGAGCUGGCGAGUCCGGCUCGAAUGUGGACAAUAAUAACAAACAUCAAUCGGGCAACAGUCCGCACAGUAUUCACAAUAACAAUAAUAUAAACACCACCGUUACCAGUAAUAGCAAUGGCAACAUUCUGAACAAUAACGAUAAUUCGGCUUCAUCCUCCUCGUCAGAGAAUGAAAAUCAUCGAUCGCAGAAAAAGAGUGAAACGGUGAUGGUAGUGCGAAACGGUACCACUGGCUUGCCCGGGAAGAACAAUAUGGACGCCAGCAAUAAGUUGCUGCUGGAGAACAACGAGCUGAAUUCGUUGAAGUUGAAGAAAACGAAUGCCUCAUCGACGAUUGUAACCGGUUCGGCUCCGAUCGAUAGCAAUAAGGUGAUCGAGUUGAAAAAGACUGAAAUUAAGAUUGAACUAAGCGACGAUCGUAAGCGUGAAAGUUUGGAGGGCAAUUCGCUCAAGGUAGACAGUGGAGGAGGCAGUGGCGAUAAUCUGUCCACCGGAAGUAGUGGAGCCGGUGGUGAGGACGGUGAUGGCAAGCGUAAAAGUACAGGCAGUAUUAGUAGCCUGAAAAAGCUCUGGGAGGCGAAAGAAUCUCCAAACGAUCCUUUAAGUGCUCAGCUGAGUCCUAAAUUGGGAACCAAAUGCGUGGCAAACAUGGUUCCAAAGAUGAACAACAAUAUGGAAGCAGACGAUGGUGGAUCGGUGGGAGUGUCCAACGAUUCCACGCAACAACAACCCGACCAUCAGCAGCAGCCGAACAUUGGACCGGCUGGCUGCCCUUCAACUGGCACACUAGGCAACAACAAAAAACCGGCCGUCCCGAUGAAACCGUCAAAGUUUUCUUCCAUUUAUGCGACGCCGGUACAAAACAUGAUGCAAACGGCAACAACGACGUCCACUACUACUACUGGCUCGAGUGGAGGUACGUCCGGUGCUAGCAGUAUCUACGCAAAGACAACCGAUAACAGCAGUAUUCAACAACCAGACAAACCGACAGCGACGGGUGCUGCUGCUGGUGGAUCGCCUGCAUCUACUGGUGGAAGAGAUAAUAUCGUAGAAUUAGUGCAAUCGUUGCAGAGUAGUUUAAAAGUUCCGGUGGGUAACAUUUCCGCCACGCAGUGGUUAGCGCUGAGCGAUCGACUUAAUUCGCUACAGUCCUGUUGUGUCACCUUUGCGGACAACGAAAGCCUGCCACCGCACGCCAAAUUUCAUUUCCGAGAGCUAGUCACACGGGUGGAAAAUCAGGCACGUUCGUUACGGUCCGCCGGCAACAAAAACGUUCAAGACAACGAAAAACUCGUCCAAGAGGUCGGCCAAUCGCUGAAGCAGAUAUCGAAUGCCUUGCACAGGUAAUUUCAAGUAAAGUUGGUUGCUUUCGAUGAGGAAUUCUAAUCGGUGGGUUUUAAUCGGUUAUUUGUGGGUCAUUGAU